AUGAAAUUAGCAAUAUUGCCUGAUCCCAUCCAUCGCUAAUAUUUUGCAAAUCAUGUGAACUCACUUAAAUAGAUCAAGGGUAGAAAGAACAAGGUCGAAGAGGAUUCUUUGGGUGUGAUUCGUUAAUUAUCGACAAUUAAGAAAAUUAAGGAUCAAGUGUAGGCCUUUGAAGCCAUCGAGGAGAACAAGAGCAUUGCUUAUAACAAUUAAAAAAUCUAAUAAGCAAUAAUGAAAAUAAGCAAUGCAAAGCACAGUUUACCAAAAUUAUAUAUAAAACGUAAGGAAAAGACUGAGAUCUCGGAUGAAAUCGCAAAGGAAAAUAAAAGACUCAAAAGAAGCAUAGAAAAUGUACAGAACAGUUUGACAUACAGAACGAAGCAUCAGAACAUAAGAAAGUCUUAUCAACAAGUACUGAACGAAUAUUGUUAAUCGAGAUUGCAGUAAUAAAAUGAAUAAUUAUAAUAAUGA